CAUUGAAACCUUACUAGAUCUUUAUUGAUAACACCUCAAUCUUAUUCCUCACACUUUAAACUAAAAAAUCCCAAAUUGACAAUUGGAUCGAAAAUCUCGGCAACUCAAUCAGCUCUGAUCAGUCUAAAUUCCUCCAAUAUCAAUAGCCGUAAUCGGCCGCCGCCAACGACUGCUCCGUCGGAGUCGACGACGUCGAAGAAAUGAAUAGUCGGGGUUCCACCAACCGGCUAUCAUCCACCUCUAAUUUCCGAUCUCGAAUGUCGUUUCUAGUGCUCUCUAUGUUCUCUACAAUGGCUGCUCUUUAUGUCGCCGGCAGGUUGUGGCUGGACUCGGAGAAUAGGGUAUAUCUUAUUCAAGAGCUUGAUAGGAGAACCGGACAGGGCCGUUCGGCUAUAUCAGUAGAUGAUACACUGAAGAUCAUAACCUGCAGGGAACAACAGAAGAGGCUAACUGCACUUCAGAUGGAACUGGGCAAAGCCAGUCAGGAAGGUUUUGUGUCAAAGCAUCUGCUGGAUAACAAUGAGAAGGAUUCAAAGAAAAAACUUCUAGCUGUUAUAGGUGUCUCUACAAAUUUUGGCAACAAGAAAAACAGAGACGCAAUUCGCAAAGCAUGGAUGCCUACUGGUCCUGCUCGUAAAAAAUUAGAGGAGGAGAAAGGUAUCGUAAUUCGAUUCGUCAUAGGAAGAAGUUUGAAUCGCGGAGAUAGUUCAGAUAGAGCCAUUGAUGAUGAAAGCAUGAAUUCUGAUGACUUCAUCAUUCUUAAUGAUCAUGUGGAGUCCCCUCAAGAGCAAUCAAAGAAGACAAAGUCAUUUUUUGCUUACGCUGUUGAGCAUUGGGAUGCUGAGUUUUAUGCUAAGGUCAACGACAAUGUCUAUGUUAAUUUAGAUGCUAUUGGAGCUGUACUUACCAGCUAUUUGGAUAAGCCUCGUGCCUACGUAGGGUGUAUGAAAUCUGGCGAAGUUUUUUCACAGUCGGAACAGAAAUGGUAUGAGCCAGAGUGGUGGAAAUUUGGGGAUGGAAAAUCAUAUUUCAGGCAUGCUUCCGGUGAAAUAUUUGCUAUAUCGAAGGCCUUGGCUCAAUUUAUUUCUAUCAACAGAUCAAUACUUCGCUCAUAUGCUCAUGAUGAUGUGAGUGCUGGAUCCUGGUUCAUUGGCCUUGAUGUGAAGUAUGUUGAUGAAGGGAAGUUCUGCUGCUCUUCCUGGUCUUCAGGGUCUGUAUGCGCAGCAGCUUGAUUGGAUCGCGUCUUUUAGUACAUAAAGAGAAUCAGUCACUGGAGAUUUGGUGCACUGUACAAAGGUGGUUGAAGUUUUUCACUCCAAUCAUGAAGAGCCGCGUGGUAGAGAGAGCACACACCUUAGUUCUUGACAUCACCAUGCCUUCGAGGAAUGUACAAAGGGUUCUUGGAGUGUAGGGACUAUGGUCAGAAAAGUUCUCUGCAUGAUGAUGUAUUCACAGAGUGCACAUUGUCCAUUAUUUAAGCAUGGACUAUUGAUAUCAAUGUUAUGGAGAUAUAAAGUUUGUUGAACUA